UGGUCAACACAAGUCAGGAGUUGACGGUUGGGAUUAUACAGACCGAGAUAACUGUAGCUAGCCUAUUUCGGUGAUAAAAAGGUUUCCUACUGAUUUAGCAAUUUUAUAAAAUGUAAGCCGCCUUACCAGGCAAGAUGUCUACGAGGUCAGACACCCAGACACCCACAAUGUACACGCUAGUUGACAAACUAUGUGAGGAUGAAGGCGAAGAGGAUGUUUUGCUGUCCAAACCAACCUGUUUUGUCAUUUUCGGGAAACCAGGAGCAGGAAAAACCACCCUUGCCAAAAAACUGGCCCACUCCUGGAAAUGUGUUCUCAUUGAUGAUACAGAGAUGCUCAACAGUCUCAUAGGUGAAGAGGAGCAGCCGUCAGAGCUGCUCGUAACUGUCAAGGAAGGGAAAGCAAUUCGCGAGGAGAAGGUGGUCGAGUUGAUUCUGGAGAAACUGAACUCCGCUGAGGUGAAGCACUAUGGGUAUGUGCUCAGCUGUAUGCCCUGUUCAUCAGAAGAGUACCUGACAGCCCAUGAGCAGGUUGAACUAAUCAGAAACCUGUCCAUGCCUCCAGAUGUCCUCAUCAACAUCAAGUGCACAGACGGGGAUCUGUUGCGGAGGCUGUCGGGCCUGCGGCAGCACCCCUUAACUGGCCGCGUGUUCCAGAGGGAGCAGUGGGACCCAGAGAAGAAGGAGCCCAAAAAGAGGCAGAGAGACCCGGACCAGGAGCAAGAGGAGGAGGAGGAUGAGGAGGAGGAGGAGGAACAAGUGGAGGAGACUAACGAGCCAACAGAGUACAGAGAGCUCCAGGCGGACAUGAUCACACACCUGGUGCGCUCGAGAGACAACGACCCCGAUAACAUCUACCACAGGAUCGUGCUUUACAAGGACACUGUGCUUAGACCACUGGAGGACUACCUGGCGGAUCAUGACCCUCUGUAUCUGUUUGAACUGGAUGGGAAUCGGGAUCCUGAGGAGCUCUUUAUGUCAGUGAUCUCCCGUCUGGAGGGUAUGGCAUUGCGUCGUGCUCUAGUUCCCAUCCGUCUACAGCAGACAGACGAGGAAAUUCCUGAUGAGAUUGACACGGAGGAGCUGCUGCGUUCUCUGUCUGCCUCCAGGAUGUUGGCUCCAGGCAUGCGCUGGAGAAGGAGUCGCUGGGGAAGAGCCUGCCCGGUUGCCCUCAAGGAGGGCACCAUCACAAAGGGCAAACCUGAGUUCUCUGUGGGUUUCCUGGAUAAGAUCUACAUCCUUUCCUCUGAGCUGGCCCUGCACAAGUUCCUGACUAACCCGCGGCCCUAUCUGCAGCCCCUCAACCCCCGACCGCCCUGUAAGGUGGCAGUGACCGGGCACCCGUGCACAGGCAAGACCACGCUGUGCCAGCGUCUGGCCGAACACUACGGGGCCGUGAUCAUCAACAUGGAGGCGCUGAUGGAGCCCGUCAUAGAGGCCUUGAAGACGGAGUGGCUGAACAAGCUCAGGUAUGACACAACGGUGGUCGCCAUUGAAAGGAUCAAAGUCAAGAAAGACGUGGAUAACUUGUUCGACAAAGAACGAGACAUAGUUGAGGAGCGUCAGGGGGUGGAUGUCACAGACCCAGCUGGAGCAGAUAAGGCCCUGAGUGACAAGACCAGUGAAGAAGAGGAGGUGACAGAGAAUCACCCGGAGGUGCAGGCCAUCGUUAAGGAGACCCUGAAAAAGGAGGAGAAGAGCACCAUCCAGCCACCCAUCGACCUAUACGUGGAGGUCUUACAGAAACGCAUCCAAGAGAUUGAGGCGGAGGAUGCGGACCAGAAGUUCAAAAGGGGCUGGGUGCUGGAUAACUUCCCCAGGAACCGGGCCGAACUGGCCUCCAUCCAGGAAAUGGGUGCCGUGGUCAGGCCCGACAUCCUCUUCUGUCUGAUGCAGCACGGAGACGAAGACGGAAAGACCAUCCUGACCCGACUCUAUGAGCAGAACAAGGAGGAGGUGGAUGCUGCCGUCCUCAAGAGGCUUGAAGAGGCCAAGAAGCAAAAGGACCAGAAUGCCUUACAGCGAAUAAUGCAGGAGCCCGAGGAUGAAUCAGAAACAGCAGAGACCAAACUAGAGUCUGUACCAGAGGAGCCUGAGGCAGAAGAGGCCCCUGUGAAGACUGAGGAGGCCUUCCCUGACGGCCCUGAGAUGGAGGUGUAUAAGACACUGCAUGGGAGGUUUGUGGUGGAGUGGGACAGCAUGGAGUCCUCCAUCACCGGGCGCUACACCCUGCUGCACCUCAACGGAAGGACCGUCGAGCAGCUGCUGCAGGAGAUGAUCACAGAGAUGGAGCGUCCCUUCAAAUACGUGGCUUGGGAGCUGUCAGGUUUGGACCUGGAUGCGGAAGAGGAGGAUGCACAGGCUCUGGCAAGCUUGGAGGUAGCUGAUGAAGCUGAGGAGGAGGAAGGGGGCCCUAAGCGUGUGUUGGGGGACACGCAGCACUUCUGCCCGGUGUCCCUGAAGGAGAUGGGCUGCCUGGUGCCCUGCAUGGAUGAGUACGCAGCCAAGUACCGUGAGAGAGCCUACUACUUCUCCAGCCCUGAGACACGAGAGAGGUUCAUCAGUAGCCCCGAGGAAUAUAUCUGUGCCACACAGCUAUUCAAGGCCCCAGCCCUGCGUCUCCUGAUUAUGGGGGUGCGGGGCUCGGGUAAGACCACCCACGGCCGCUGGCUGGCUGACCAGCUGGGCCUCUUCCACAUCGAGUUCCGCGAGUGCCUGCAGCAGCAUAUCCUGGCCAAGACCAAGCAGCGUGUGGUGCGCGCCGACGAGUUCGACCCCGAAGUGGAGCCUCCCGAGGAGCUGCACUUCCUCCAGACGCAGGUGGAGGCGCUGGCCCAGGCUGAGGUGGAGGGACAGGCCGACGGGGAGGGCGAGGAAGCAACCAAUGAUGAGGAGAAUGCAAAACAGAAGGAGCCUGAGCCUGAGCUGACAGAUGAGGAGGAAGCCAUAAGGUUGUACCUGUAUGAUGGAGUCGCACUGCCUCAUGAGGUGCUGGAGAUGGCACUGUCACCGUGGUGGGAACAGGAGCCCUACAGGUCCACUGGUUUCAUCCUGGAGGGUUUCCCCCAGGGCUUGGAUGAGCUGGCUUUCCUGGCGGAGCGCCGGCUGUACCCGGAUGCCGUUCUGAUCAUGUCUCUGGAUGUGAGCAACUUGCAGGCGCGCAUCAUGCCCCCGCUGCUGACCCGCUGGAAGGAGAAGCGAGACCACAGGAGAGACAUGCAGCGUCAGGUCAAGGAGCUGCACGCCAAACUCAGGGCCCAUAAUGUUGCUCAGAGGAGAGCUGAACUCCUGGCCGAGCACUCAGCUAAUAACCAAACCAUGUCCAGUCAAGUGCGUGACGAGUUGAACUUGGAGGACGAGGAUGAGGACGAGCAGGAGGAAGAGCAGUGGGAGGAGGAGCUGGAGGCGCAGCUGCUGGAGGAGUUCCCCCAGGAGGGGGAGGAGGGCAAUGAGGAUGAGGAGGAGACGGAGACCGCCGCUGAGGAGCGUCUGCAGAUUGAGAUCGCAGACCGCUUUGACACCGAUGACAACAACCUCACCAUGAUAGGGGACCAGCUGGCUGACUAUCAGAUCCCGCGGAUUGAGGUGAGUGUGGGCAAAAAGUUACGGAUCGUGCGCUACCAGCUGCUGCAGAAGGUCAGGCCCCUGCUGCUCAAUCGGGAAUCCCUGUUCCUGCGGGGCCAGCCAAUCAGCACCAGCCUGGCCCAAAAGCUGCUCCACAACAACUACAAAAACCACAGCGCCUUUGGCUUCUGGGACCCUGUUAGGUUUGCGGGGGGAGACCUGAUCCAGCCCAUGCAGGGUCCCUCAAACCCGAGCUACCCAGUGAUGCUGAACCAGUUAAUCUACUUCUUCUGCUCCAAAGCCACCCGCAACACCUUCCUCAGCAACCCAGUCAAAUACCUACGCCAGCGCAGGCCCAACAUCUCGCUGCCAAUCAAACUGGCCAUCAUCGGCCCGCCCAAAUCAGGAAAGAGCACAGUGGCGAGCGUGUUUGUGCGUGAGUAUGGUAUGGUACGUCUGUCUCUGGGCUCCGUGAUGAGGAGUGUGUUGAGUGUGAAGCCACUCACUGAGCUGGCCACACAGAUGCUCAAGCACCUUAAGAAGGGAGCCACUGUUUCCGAUGAGCUUGCUAUUCAGUGCCUGGAGGUGGCGCUCAUGGACCUCUCCUGCAGCACACGCGGGUAUGUAUUGGAUGGUUUUCCUAUGACCAAACGGCAGGCAGAUCUAAUGGAGGAGCGAGGCAUCAUCCCCAUGCUUGUGGUUGAGAUGGAGCUGGACACGGUUGAGGUCCUCAAGAGGGUUCUCAGGAACAAGAUGAAACCAGCCAGGCCCUUCCCUCAGCAUGACAGCCCCUCCAUCCUGACGGUGCGUAGCUCCUGCUUCAGGCAGGAGGUGGGGGCGGUGCGCCAGCACUACCAGCUCCAACACCAGAACUGGCUGCCGGUGGAUGCCCAGCGCAGCAAGUGGUGGGUGUGGAGCCAUGUGCUGGAGCGAACACGCCUCAGCAUGGCUAGCAUACACACCUACAUGGAGCGCAUAAGCAACGGCAAGGCGGCGAGCAUCGCCCAUCUGUGUAUCGCUCCCAAAGAGCUACAGGCUCGCCUGGGGGAGUUUGGCCAGUAUUGCCCUGUGAGCCUGGCUCAACAGCACCACCUGGUGGACUGCUCCCAGACCAGCUCCUUGGAGUUUGCCGCAGAGUACCGCGGACACUACUACAAGAUGGCCACCAAAGAGUGCCUGCAGAAAUUUCUUGAAACUCCAGAGCGCUUUGUGAUCCCGGGAUGCCCAAAUUCUUUCCCACCUCCCCACCUGUUGCCACGGAAACUGACAGCAGCACAAGUGAAGAGCCGAUUCCCCCAGCAGGUGGAGCUGAAGGGCUACUGCCCCGUUACCUUCGGGGAUGGGCAGCUGAGGGCCGAGGCCCUGGUGAGGGGGAACAUGGAGUUUGCCAUAGAAUACCGGGGGAAGAUCUACGUCGUCGAGAAUGAGGAGAAACAGGAGAAGUUCCUAAGGAUGCCUCAGUUGUACUGGGACCAGAAGCUCCCCCAUAAGUUGCCCCCACUCGGAGAGCCAGUUCAGCUCACCUCUCUGCCCAUGCUGGGCUAUCUUGAGCAGGGUGUGGCAAAAUCCAUCAUUAAGGCCAUGACUGCAGUGGGAUGUCUAAAGCCAAAGUUCCCCUACCUACCUGUGAAGAGAUCUGCUUUGCUAUAUGUGGCCUUCUACCUCAAAGCAUUUAACCCACGUCUCUCAGAUUACACCCGCAAGAAGUACAAGCGCCAGCUGGCCCAGUUCGAGGAGAACUGUGAGCUCAUCACCUACCUGGGCUUCACCAUGACAGCGAAGUACAAGUUGCCUCAGGAGCAGCCCAUUGACUUUGAAUAUAAACUGCAGCGCUUCCUUGCUCUGGAGACUUCCUGUGAAUCAACUCAACUAGCUGGCAGAUAAAAGCAUUUCAUGACUCUGAUUGUGUGGUUUCAUGAUGCAACGCUGUGAUUUUUUUUCUGAACGAGAUUUUACUCUGACAUUGGUCUUCAUUUCAGUGUCUUACGUCUAUAUUUAUGUAAUUUAUUCACCACUGGAUUACUUUUUUGUUCA